AUUGUCCGCGUUGGUGACCGGCGGGACCCGCGCGGGGAGCGGGAGGAGGCGAUCCCCGUCCGCCUUUCCUCCCUCGUCGCUCCGGUGGGGAAGCAGCGCACCCCUCCCCCUCGCACUCCAGCCGCUAAGAUGGCUGGUGGUGGGCGGUAAGGCGUUGCGGGGCUGCCGAGCAGCUGACGGGACGGGAGCGCGGAGGGCGGGCGGCGUGUGGCCGUGUGCGGAGUCGCGCAGCGCCAUGUCCGCCUUCGCCUUGGAGGAGACGUUGGAGGCGGACUGGGUGGCCGUCAGGCCGCACGCCUUCCAGGAGAGGGAGAAGCACAAGUUCGCCUUCAUCGUGGCCUGGAAUGAGAUCGAAGGCAAGUUCGCCAUCACCUGCCACAACCGCACGGCGCAGCGCCAGCGCAGCGGCUCCCGUGAGCUGCGCCGCGGCAGCCCCGAGGUCGGAGCCGUCCCCAAGGCUGGCGGCCCUGCGGUGCGCAGGGACCCGGGGCCGCCCCGGGGCUGCGCUCAUCCCCGGGCCGAGGCGCUGCCUAAGAGCCCGCUGCGCGCCAAGGGCAGCCCGGCCCGGAGGCCGCAGCGUGUCCCGGAGGCGGCAGGUGCCGCCGAGGAGAUCGAAGUGCUGGAGCUGGGGAAGGAGGACGUGGCCGCCGGGCUGUCUCUGCUGCCCUCGGCGCCGCGGACGAGCGAGUUGGGCGCUCCCGACGCGGAGCCGGCGGGGGAGGAGUGCAGCUGGGCCGGCCUCUUCUCCUUCCAGGACUUGCGGGCCGUGCACCAGCAGCUGUGCUCGGUGAACUCGGAGCUGGAGCCCUACCUGCCUGCCUUCCCCGAGGAGCCCUCGGGCAUGUGGACGGUGCUCUUCGGGGCGCCGGAACUAUCCGAGCAGGAGAUGGACGCUCUCUGCUACAAGCUGCAAGUUUACUUGGUUCACAGCUUGGAUACCUGUGGCUGGAAGAUCCUUUCGCAGGUGCUCUUCACCGAGACCGACGACCCUGAAGAGUAUUACGAGAGCUUGAGUGAGCUGCGACAGAAGGGGUACGAGGAGGUGCUCCAGAGGGCCCGCAGGCGCAUUCAGGAGCUUCUGGAAAAACAUAAGAAUACAGAAAGUAUGGUAGAGCUCCUUGAACUGUACCAAAUGGAAGAUGAAGCCUACAGUAAUCUUGCAGAAGCAACUACAGAGCUCUACCAGUACUUGCUGCAACCAUUCCGGGAUAUGAGGGAACUUGCAAUGCUUAGAAGGCAGCAGAUAAAGAUCUCAAUAGAGAAUGACUACCUAGGCCCCAGAAGAAUUGAGAGCCUUCAGAAAGAAGAUGCUGAUUGGCAGAAAAAAGCCCACAUGGCUGUGCUUUCUAUUCAAGAUCUUACAGUUAAAUAUUUUGAAAUAACGGCUAAAACACAAAAAGCUGUAUAUGAUCGAAUGCGAGCAGACCAGAAGAAAUUUGGUAAGGCAGCAUGGGCAGCAGCAGUGGAACGUAUGGAAAAGCUUCAGUAUUCAGUUUCUAAGGAAACUUUGCAGUUGAUGCGUGCUAAAGAAAUCUGUUUGGAGCAGAAGAAACAUGCGCUGAAAGAGGAGAUGCAGAGCCUGAAAGGUGGUACAGAAGCCUUAGCCCAUCUGGACCACUUAGAAGCUGAUUACUAUGACCUACAGCUUCAGUUAUAUGAAGUGCAGUUUGAGAUCUUGAAAUGUGAAGAGCUGCUCCUGACAGCACAGCUUGAAAGCAUCAGAAGAUUGAUGUCAGAGAAGAGAGAUGAAGUGGUGUAUUAUGACACUUACGAAAGUAUGGAAGCCAUGCUUGAAAAAGAGGAUAUGGCAACAUCUGUACACUUGCAAAAAGAGGAGCUGCAAAAGUUGCAGCAGAAAAUCCGCCAGCUGGAAGCAAGGCGUGGACGUAUUUCAGCCAAGAAAGCCUACCUCAGAAAUAAGAAGGAAAUCUGUAUCGCAAAGCAUAAUGAAAAGAUCCAGCAGCGUCACCAGAGCGAGGAGGAGUACAAAAUGCACCAUACUGUUCAACUGAAACGAGAUCAACUGCAAGAUGAAGAGGAAAGAAAAAGCUCCUGGGUUAGUCAGGAACGACAGAAAACCCUGGACAGACUUCGUACAUUUAAGCAGCGGUACCCUGGGCAAGUAAUACUUAAAUCAACCAGACUACGGCUGGCUCAUGCAAGAAGAAAAUGUGCAGCCAGCUCAGUGCCCUGUGUUGAGCAACCUCAAUCUUUGCCAGCAACCAUACCAAUCCAAGAGAAGAGUGAGGAGGUGGAAUUGGAAAAAGCAGUUCAGCCUUUGCAAGUGCAGGAAUCCACAAGCCUAAAACAAGUUCAAGAUGUCUCUUUGCCUCCUAAUGGUAUUACCUCUGAACUGCCCCAUGUCAGCGCUUCUCCACUCACCAGUGACGAGCUUCAACCAGAGACUGCUACUGGAGCACAGCUUCCACCCCGUUUGCCUCCACCACCUCCACCUCCGCCUCCACCUUUGCCCUCCAAGGAAGAUGCUACCAAAUCCUUAGAGAAAAGUGACAGCUUUGUUAAACGUCAGAGUGUGGAGAAGGGCGUCCAGCACUCUUCUGGUGUCCCACCAGCACAUCUGUUCGAUAGCAGUCAGCUAGUCAGUGCCAAGAAGAAGCUUAAGAAGACUGGUGAUCUAGAGGGUUUACAGAGGAGGAGAGUGAGUUCCCCAAUGGAUGAAGUACUGGCUUCCUUGAAACGUGGCAGCUUUCACUUAAGAAAAGUUGAGCAGAGAAGUCUCCCUCCUUUUCCUGAUGAAGAUGAUAGCAAUAACAUCUUGGCACAGAUCAGGAAAGGGGUGAAACUGAAGAAAGUACAGAAAGAUGUUUUGAGAGAAUCCUUUACAAUUCUGCCUGAUACUGACCCUCUGACAAGGAGCAUCCAUGAAGCAUUGCGAAGGAUUAAGGAAGCAUCACCUGAGUCAGAGGAUGAAGAGGAGAGUUUGCCUUGCACAGACUGGGAAAACUAACCUGUGCUUGACAGCCACCAACGUGUGAAAAGAAACCCCAGUUGAAGAUUAUUUUUCUUCUGCUUUUCUGAGAAUUCAGAGCCAGCAGUUAUGACCGUCAGUUCCACAGGAGGCUUUCUUUGGCAAAGAAAUAGUCUUUCUUUGGCAAAUAACUCAGUCCGUGGAAAAAAAUGGCCUGAAAUGUUCAUUUCAGGUCACUUUUUUCUUUAUUUGUUCAAAAAAUUCUGGUUUGGGCAGAAAGCUAAGUUGUCUAGACAUACAUUUUAUACUAUCAAGAAUGCCCAAUUCUUAAGCACUUUUUAUAUUUGCGUUAGUAAUGUAUGGCCAGUUAAGUGAGGAGGCCAUUUUGAGUUGGGAGACUACUUGCUGUUAGAGUAACUUUGGGGUUCCAAACCAGCUAUAAAAUGGCCCCUUCACUGCACUGAAUAUCUCAUGUGCUUGAAAAUUCAACUAAAUGGCCCCCUACAGAGAAUCUUGCUGUGUAGCAGUCUGAAAUUCCAGAAAGAAAAUUCCUAGUUGCACUACAGUAGCUGAAAUUCAGUAACAUGCAACUAAGACUUUUUUUCUUCUUAGCUUGAAGAAGCAUAUGUCAGUAUGAAAAGCAACAAGUGACCACAGCACAAUGAGAAUUAAGAGUUGAAUUCAGUACAUAUUCAAGAAUGCGUUUGUUUCCAUCAUGAUACAUUUAGCAAGACAUAAUGCAGCACCUUUUUAGAGGGUCAUGUUUAGUCUGACAUCUUUUUAAAGUAGACAUUUUCAUGCUUUUUUAAAAUAAUAUUUAGCUAUGCUGAACCAAGUUAGUUAUACUUUUAUCAUUUGUUAUAAGAAGCAAUAUUUUGUAAUUUCAUACUUAAAGAUAUUUUUCUCUUUUGGUUUAAAAUGGCUUUUGAUUAGUCUAAGCAGCCUUCUUUAAAAAAGGUCAAAGCACUUAACCAUACUGAUAAUUGAGUUGUGAAAAUCAUGCUGUUCUUGCUGGUUUUCAUUAUUCCCUUUAGUGGCUGCAAAAAUGUUUGUAUUUCAUACCCAAAAGCCUACUGGCUGAAAAAAGUUUCUUUUGAUUCUGACUGUUUUAUUUUUAGAUGAGAGUUACAACUUCCUCUGCAGUGAAUACUUAGGAGUAGUCCUAAACUUCAUGACUAAUGGCUGCAGGCAGCUACUCUUACGAUACCACAGUACCAAGAGGUAUGUCAAUACAGAGAUACAAGUAGCCUUGUACCACCUAAAAGCCUCAUGUGGUAUUAAAAAUCAGCCCAUUAGACUUCUAGGAAAGCUGAAUUUUCCUUAGCAUUUUGUUUUUACUAGCGUAACAUACACUGUGUCUGAGAAAUACACAGUCCCAGUCCUUUGUGUUGUGUGGUCCAUUCACUGUUCCUCUUUUGACAGAUAAACUACUAUAUGGGGAUCUGGGUUCUUUUAAGUGGAGUUACUCAUUGCUGCUGUCGUGUAAUGGAACAUGUACUGUGUUAACAUUUAUAACAGGGGAUUUCACGUCUUGCCGUUUACUUACAGAGAGAGGAGCAGGAGACCUUACCUUAGCAAUAGGCUGUGUAAUCUAAAGGAACCUCAGCUCUGGGACCCUUCAGUCUAUUGAAGAUGUUUUGCUGUGGCUGUCCAAAAAAUUAAAGCUCUGUCAAACAUCUUGAGAAGAUUUUCUUAACCAUGUUGCCUUACUUAUUAAAGUUAGUGAACAUUGAUUUUCAAAGCACCUGCGAGCAGUGUUACUGUAGAAUUGUAUCGAUUUUGCUGUGUUAGUUGCCAGGGUCUCUAUUUUUCAGCUGUGUGAAAUACCCAAUACUGGCUUUCCACAGGCCUAAAACUACAUGAUGCUUUUUUCUUACUCUCUGAAUUCUGUGUUACAUGGUAUGGUUGCGAGCUGUCUGAUGCUGUGUUCCUGCAGCAAUGGCAGCAGUUUCAAGAUGCAUCAUAAUCAUUCAACACUACCUAUACCAUCAGCUGUUUUGUUCUACAUUUGUUUAUACUUUGUCAUACCACACGUUAAAACCAAGGUAAUCAAAUUUUUGGCUGUAGCACAAAACAGAACUGUGGUGUAGAAUGGUAAUUCACAUUACACAUUUCAUCUGAAACUUAGUGCUAAAUUUAACAGUGGUGAACAAGCAACUUUUAUGUUCAUUUUUUCCUAUUUUCUAGCUUGCAGUUUCAUUCCUUGGAGUAUGCAUAUAGAACACUAGCAAAAUUUUAAGCCAAGGAAAAAUAGUGUAAUUCUAAAGUAUUUGUGCAGUGGUUCCCUUGCACAACAUGUUUGUCUGCAGUUUACCACUGUGUUUUUACCUAAAUAGCUCCAUGCUAUACUGUACUACAGUUUUCAGAUAUGUUUGCCAUGUGAUCUGUCAUCUUUGCCUUGAAAAAUGUGUGCAUGAUUGAUGAAAAUUACUCUUCUUAAUCUGUUUCAUAUUUAGCUGAAAUCUUAGAUUUCUGUAGUCGCUUAGUCUCAAUAGAAAUGGAGUUCUCAUAUGAGCAUGUAUUCUGUGAGCACACAAAAAGUAGUUGUGCUGAUCAUAGCAGUAGGUAUCAGUUCAAAACUGCCAUCUUCUGUGUGGAAAAUGAAUGGGGAUUUUUUCCACAUCCUGCUCUUAAAAAAAAAAAAAAAAAAAAAAACAAAAAAAAAAAAACCAAAACCCUGAAUUUAAAUCUCCAUGAAUCACUAGAUGUCACAAUUUCACAUAAUUUUCACUUUGAUAAAAAAAUUGUGCAUACAUACUGUACACAGGCUAAUCCAUAAAAGGUACCAUCCUGUGCCAUGUGAAAUUUUCCAGUUGGGUGGCUACUGCAAAAAAUGAGGAAAGUUUAGUAUAUUUACAAGAAACUUUGGGAAAUUUUGGCAGUCCUGCAUUGAGGUCAGUUCCUCCACAGCUGAGAAAAGCUGUAAUAAUUGUGUUGGACCAUGAGAAGUCUUGGCAAGCAUCACUAAGGAAAAACACAUAAACAUGUGCAAGGAAAAAGAGCCUCCAUAAAAAGACCUGCCUAUUGAUAUUUUUAAUUUUAUUGUUGUGGUUGUGUUGUUCUGUUGCUAGUUAUUUAUCUUAAGUAGUUCAUCAGCUUUUGGCUUUUUCCAUUUUUAGAAACUUCUUUCUUCUUUCAAAUUAAAAGUUUUACUAUGGUGUAACUGAGUGAAGUAAAGAUUUGGAAUGCAUAAUGUUUAUUGUACAAAUGCUUAUGUAACGACUGAAAAAUCUUUUGUGAGUGGGAACAAGAAACUAAAUAUUCAGUUUCUACUAAAAUAACCAAAACGUAAGGUAAACAGCAAUAGUCUUGUUCAGAAAUUGAAUUUGUAUCAGCAAGAAUUUCAUGUUCUCAUUCAUGGAAGUUCCAGAUCCUUUACAAAUGACCAAUAGUCUUACUCACUUUGCUGUAUUUUCAUGUUAGUUAUCUGUCUAGGGUAGAUGAAGGCUUUUUUAUUCUUCUCAAACAUCACUUUUAAGGUUUGCCUGGGUAUUGUUUGGUUUAUUUUUUUUUGUUUUGUUUUGUUUCUUUUUUUUUUUAAUCUGACAGUCUGCAUUCUUCACCAGACACUUGUAAAAUAAAUUAGUAUGAUUAUA